UGUACCUCCAACGUGUGCCCGCACUUCUUGGGUGGUUCGCGGCAGUCGCCAUGGCCGUGCCAACUGUGCCCAGGGUGAGGCUUUCAGAUUUGUCCCCGACGGAGAAGGAGCGAAUGCUGUCCUUCUUGGUGGCCAACCAGGUGGACUUCAAGCCCGACUUGUCGGGCAACUUCAGUGCCACCGUGAAGAUUCUCCCGCCGCCGGAGGGAAGGGGGAGAGAGUCCAGUCGAGUCGAGAGUCCAGUCGGUCGCCGCGGCCUAUGAGAUCGACCAUGAUCGACCUAGACAGGAUGGACCCCAUGGGGUCCAGAAGGGUCGGUGAAGGGAAGGGGAGUCAACUGCGCGUCUCUUUUGACCAUCCAUGUGACCAUGAUUGGAAGGGGAGUAAACGGAGUAAACUUCGAAAGAAACACCUCAUGGACGAAGUGCUUAAACUCAGGGCGCGUGGAGCCUUUGAAAGACCGCCAUCGGCAAACUUCAUCCAGUCACGGACAAGACCUUGAUGCACCAGGUCAAUGGCCUCCGGGUCGGUGGCUUCUCCAAAACCUAACCAUGAUUUGGUCACGGCGGUCGGUGGGUUAAUAGCUUCUGAAGGAUCAACUGCCAGGCCAAGAGCAAGGGGGCCGCAGAUCCAAGAAGCGGCUCAGUCAGACAAGGUGAGCGGUGCGCCCAAGCUGAAGAGCGCUACACCGUCUUCACAGAUGGCUGGCUGGGAGCCCUCCACGAGCAGCACUCCAGAAGCGCGGGAGGAACCCAAGAAACCGGACCCGCUGGCUGCAGCCGCCAACGCUGCAGUGGCGGAGCUCAAGACACGGUUCAAGACCUUCACUGGCUUGUUGCCCAGCGCCACCCAGCCUCCAAAGACGAUGAUCAAGGCAGAGCUUGUGAGCUUCAUCGAGGAGGUCUACACGGCCCGAUACAACCAGGACCUAAUGCAGGUCCAGCAACAUGCGGAGGCCGAGGCGCUGCUGCCCACUGACUUGACCACCUUCCCACAGUCCGUGUUGACGGUGGUGGGGAAACGCUACGGCUUGCGACAAAUGGUGGGCCAGGUGUGCUGGAGUCUCACGAAGAGCGUGGACGAGGUGCGCUCGGCGCACCAGGGCGUCGAGACCUUCGCCCGGUUCCUGGAGGAGUCAUACGACGCGGUGGACUUGCUCUUCUACCUGGAGAUGCGCUGGGCCGCGCGUCAGAUGACGAUGCCACGGGGCGUUUGGACCAGCUGGCGAAAGACGCCCCAGGUCUUCACAGGCCCUCACCAGCGGGCCUUGGCAUCCAAGACCACCUGCCCGAACAACAAGCCGCCGCUCACGCUCAAGCAGGCUUUGGCAGCGGUGCGCGAGGGCAUUGAUCCCGAGGCACCUGAGGCGCUGAAGGCCAAGAUCUUCAGUCGGCUGAAAGCCGAGAACGGAGGCGAUAGCACCUUCGACUGGGAUCAUUUCCUCUCCAUUUGCACCCAGGAGUUCCGUAAGGCGCGCUCCAUCGCCGUACCCAAGCAGGUGCAAGGCUUUGCGCAGCAAAUCCGUGAGAGGUGGCAGCUCAGUGUGCCAGAUGCCUUCGAGAAGUUCGAGAGAACUGGAAGUGGGCUGCUCCGUGGAGAUGCCUUCAAAGAGGUUUGUGAGGAAUUAGGCUUAACACCCACGAACGCAGAGGAUGUUUGGUGUCUCCUAGACGUGGAGAAGAAGGGCUACGUCGAGAAGGAGGCUUGGAAUGUCCUGGAUGUGCAUGACGAGGCCGAUCAGGGCAACGACGAGGAACUGGUCUACCCCCCGGUCUACCCUCCCGGCUGGGACGACCAGCUGUCGCCGGAGGAGUCCGAAGCCAUCCAGCAGGAGGCCCGCGAGGUGGCCCGACGCUUGCUCAGCAGCUUGGAGGAGCACGAGGAGGUGAAGCCCAGCGAGGUCCUCGGUUGGGCCCUGCGCAGCGUGCUGCAGCGCAAGGGCCAUGACCUGCAAAGGGGGGCGCGGGACGAGCAACGAGGCUUCGCUCCCCAGCGGUCGGGCCAGGAGGUGUCUCAGAGCGGCGAUCCGCGCUCUGCGUGGACGACCGGGGCGCCAACUGCAUCGGACGGAGGAGAUGCCGAGAGGAGUUUGGAGGACACGGUGCGAGAGCAUUUGGCCGCUGCAACCAACCAACUGGUUGAUGAGGGCUUGCAGGAGGCCGGAGGCACGUGGACCAAGGAGAUGGCGCCCGUGAAGGAGGCCCUUUUGGAGGAGUUCAUGAUGGUCACCGAUGCACUCAUGGAAGCCUUGGUCAUCGGAGACCUGGACGCGUGGCUCCAGCAGUUGCACAUUGAGGAAGCCGAUGCGGAACAGCACAAACACUUCCAGGAGCUGGCAGCGGAAUUUCAAGAGCUCUUGACCGCGGACGAGGCCUCUGAGGAGCAGCUGGUUUCGCGUGUUUGUGCAGCCACCACCAGCUUUCAAGAGCUGAAGGUCUUGUGUCGUGUGCGAGCAGAUGAGCUGCUGCAGGAGCACGGCGUGGGAGGAACUCCUCCCCAGCACGAGCACCAAGCGGUGAUCUCGUCGGAGCCCACAGGUGACUCCACCCAGGCCGAAGGCGCCGAAGGCCUGGAGAUCCCCGAGGCCUUUUGAGGCGUUGCUCGUGGCCGGGACCUGGUUGACGGCCUUUUUCGUGCAUGUUGCUGAGCAAGCCGAUGACACAGUUGCUGGGAGGUUCUCGAAAAAGUGAGGAACUGAGGG